AUGGGCAAUGGGUACCUUUGGCUGUUGAGUUCGAAUGGAGUGCCCUAUCGAGUAACUGCGGACAACCGAAUAGGUAUGUUCAAUGGAGUACUUGCUGCCUUUGCUUUGGAUCUCAAUGGCAAUGUCUUCCAAUUCGUUUUGAAUUCGCACCUGACAAUACGUCGGAGAGUGGAAAUUUAUGCGAAUCAAGUACGGCUAGCUGGAUGGUCGUCAAGAACCUUGCCGACAGACCGCGCCGCGUUCAGUAACGAGGAUGGGUCAAACUCGGGUGACAUGUCUGGUUUCCAACUGAAAGCAGACGGCUGGCGUUGGGAAGAGUCGUGGAUUGUCGAUGUGGAUGUGCGAAAGUGCGACAUGGAGGUGAGCUUACUCCCAAAAAAAGGUGUCAGUUCCUUUGUACGUCGUCGGAGGUGGAAAAGACAUAUGCGCUACACAAGUAUUGAAAAAUGGGCUGAGCUACCCAGAGAGGAAAAGACAACUUUCGUCGAGUUAGCUGUUGGUGGAUUUGAUCUACUGCCCGAUCGUAACUGCUUAUUAUUUGCUUUGUCUAAAGAUGGUUAUGUCUAUAGAAGAGUUGGAAUCGAUGGAAAUAAUCCAGGAGGGGAUAGCUGCAUAUGUCAAUAUCGUGGGAAAGACUUGGCUAAAAUCAGUUGUUCAGCUUCGCUCGGAACAUUGGUUGUGCUUACAUGGGAUGGGCGAUUAUUUUUUCGAGCAGGAAUAACUAGAGGGUCGUUUGUCUACAAAAACCAAGUUUUUCUUCUAGAUUGUAGGAAUGGCACCACCUGGUGCCCACUGCUCGCUCCACAGAAUCUCCCUCUUGCUUUUAUCUCCAUAGGAACAAGGUCCAUGUGGGUAGUGUCUGUAGACGGCAAGGUGAGGCUUUUGUCCCGUUCGUUACCGUUUCUCGACGGCUAUCAAUUUGUGGCUGGUGUAUCUGACAGUGGUGUUGUUUAUGUACGUGACGGCGUUUCUCCCAAUGAACCGGCUGGAAGAAGUUUUGUGCGAAUUGUAGAGAGGACCACUACAGAUACUCAUAAGUGGGCUGCGGUCAUAGCCUACCUAAACAUUGGGUCAAUGAACAUGUGGUCGUACGCGCUACUGCUAAUUUCCGAUAUGCCACUUGGCGGAAGCAGGCAAGCUUUAUCAAUAAGGUUUUUAUUAUUACCUUUUGAAUAUCAAAAACAUGCAUUCCUACGUGGAUUUACCUCGUUCCAAGGAUGGUGCAAUGGAGUUUCGGGAUGGAUGGAAGCUUCAUGCGCUAUGAAAUCGCUCUCUAGACUUCCAUCACGCGAAUGGAGCUGGGUUGAUUCUGAAUGGCGAUUGUACGAGGAUGGCUGGACGUACGCAGAUUCUAUUGAGGAGCAGUAUUAUGCAUCAAGGGGGAAAAAGAGCAAAGCGCGACGACGUCGAUGGCAACGGCUUUGCCGGUUCGAGUGCAAGGGACCGUGGAUCCCCAUCGAAGCACCUUCAAUUCGUUCGAUUGACAUACUCGUCUGGGCGGUUACCGAGGACGGGCAAGUUUUGCUGCGACAAGGCGUUACAGGCGAACGACCUCAGGGCACGACUUGGAAGCAUGUACUGCAUCUCCGACCUGUGUAUGGGCGACAACAACUGAAGGCAGAUUGUUACGACGGGAAUGUUCUGAUCAGACGGAUAUGGAAUGUGUGGGUUAGUAUAGUUACAUCGUUCGUACGGUUCUCCCAUUCCACCUCACUUUGCUUUUCUGCUGCGCAAAAUGGGUGA